CUGGGAAAAAAAAAACACUCACUUCCCACUUCCAACUGACAAGAUCGAUCCAACCUUAAUUUCUACGAAAACAUAUUUACUUACUAUAAAUGGAUAAGUUGAGGAGCUACAAUUACAUCUCAAGCCAGUCAGUGAGCCUGGCUUCCGACAGCCCGAAGAAGCGGGCGGGCCGGAAGAAGUUCCGCGAGACGCGGCACCCGGUGUACCGCGGGGUUCGGCGGCGGGGCUCAGGCAAGUGGGUGUGCGAGGUGAGGGAGCCCAACAAGAAGACCAGGAUAUGGCUCGGGACGUUCGCCACCGCCGAGAUGGCAGCGCGCGCGCACGACGUGGCGGCCAUCGCGCUCAGGGGGCGCUCGGCCUGCCUCAACUUCGCCGACUCCACGUGGCGCCUGCCCGUCCCGGCGUCCUCGAGCGCCCAGGACAUCCGGAAGGCUGCAGCGGAGGCAGCCAAGGCGGAGGCGGAGGAGGAGGAGGAGGAAGAGGAGUGGUUUGUGGAUGAGGAGGAGGUGUUUGGGAUGCAUGGAUUGGUGUCCAAUUUGGCGGAGGGCUUGAUGCUGCCGCCGCCUUUCUACUUUGAUGACGUGGAUAUCGAUGCUGAUGUGGCACUCUGGAGUUAUUCUUUCUGAAUUGUUUUUGCUCAAAUUAGAAUUCGCACUCCACUUUUUAUUGGCAAGUGCGAAUGUUAGGAAAGAAGUACUAGUAAGUAUAUGCCAAUAUGGAAAUUUCUAUUUUAAUGUAUCAUUUUUAGCCAAA